CUUUUACCAUGAGAAUACAGUCACUCAGUUGAAAAUAUUGAACAACUUUGCUUUUUUGGUUGAUACAAUGUCGUUCAAGGAACAAAAUUUUAUUGUGAUUGGUGGUGCUAAAUUGGGUGGUAUUGGCUUAAAAUUCGUUCAAGAACUGUUUUCCAAUGGAGUUGAGAAUAUUGCAGUGUUCGACAUUUCCGAUCCGACCGAGGCUAUUGCCGAAUUGAAGUCCAAUUGUCCAGAUAAAACAAUUCAAUUCCAUAAAGUUGAUGUUCGCAAACAGGCGGAAAUUGAAAGUGCCUUCAAAGAGGUGGUGAAAGCAUUUGGACACGUUGAUGUAUUGGCUAAUUUCGCUGGAAUUUUUAAUGAAACAAAACCAACCGAUACUAUCGAGAUAAAUCUGCUUGGUGUUAUUUAUGCGACAUUCGUCGGAAUCGAUCAUAUGAGCAUUUCGAAAGGUGGACGCGGUGGAACAAUCGUUAAUAUGUCCUCAAAGGCUGGACUAUUUCCAUUUUCCAGAGGUCCUGUCUAUUCUGCCAGCAAACAUGGAGUUGUCGGUUUUACCAGAUCACUUGCAGAAAAGGAGCUUGAAUACGAACUUGGCAUUAAAUUCGUCAUUAUUUGUCCCGGAUUAACCGAUACUACUUUGUUACAGGGCACCGAUUCAAAGUUUUUCGGACAAUGUGGAGCGUACAUACUCCCUAAAUUAAUUAAUGAGCGUGGAAUUCAAACGUGGAAUGUUUGAAUUCGUAUCUAUUCCCAUUCUUUUUAGUGUCGACCAAUGUGCCAAAAAUAUCGUGGAUGUAUUGAAAAAAUCAGACAAUGGAUCGGCAUGGAUUUUAAGUAAAGGAGAACAGCAAAAAGUGAACUUUUAACUUCAAUUAAAUGCAAUUGUCGAAUUUUUAUGAAAACUACUCUGUCCAAUCUUUGAAAUAAAUGUUACGAUUUCAAGCUGUU